CCAGUUUUGCAGCUGAACAGUUCUCGGGCGCCGCGUAAGUACGUGUUAGCGGUCGUUAGUGACGUAUCCCCUUUGGGAAGCUGGAGGAAGAGACUCUGAGGAAGGAAGUUGAUGCCAAAAGAUGGAGCCUCCUGAGGUUACCCUAAUUGAAGGUGUGGGAGAUGAAGUUACUGUGGUGGCUGGUAUAGUGGUCCUUAUUAUGGCCUUGGUCCUGGCCUGGCUCUCUACGUAUGUUGCAGAUGGUAGCAGUCAUCUUCUAGGAACUGUCGUGGCUACUGGAGAUUCAUCAGUGAUCCAUCUGAACCCCAUUGAAAACUUUGUGGGAAGUUCUGUUUCUGAACAAUCUGAGCCACAGAAUGCUACGGAAGAUACUGAAGAAAAGGCAGAUGAAGGUUCUGCUUCUGGCACUAGUCUUACAGUAGAGCAAGUUGAUAAUGGCAGUGGCUCUGAUGCUGCUUUAGACUGUCUAUUGGACAUUCAGGGUGUGCCACAAAGGACUUUUUUUAUAGAUGGUGUUUCGCAGGAAAGCCAGGGAGUUCCACAAACUGAAGCCAAUAUGGAGGAAAGUGAGCCAAACCCAGGCUUCAUCAAAGUGCGUCUCAAAUUCCUCAAUGAUACAGAAGAAGUGGCUAUUGUAAAGCCAGAAGAUACCAUAGGCAUACUGAAGAGCAAAUAUUUCCCAGGCCAGGAAAGUCAGAUGAAAUUUAUCUACCAAGGUCAGCUGCUCCAAGACCAGGCACGGACUCUGCAGUCCCUCAAUAUACUGGACAAUUGUGUAAUCCACUGUCAUCUCUCCCAGACCGUUUCUGCCAUUCCUGACACUGUGGUAGCACCAUCAGAAACUGGGAGUAUUACUUUGAGCAUGAGUGACUUGAUGAUUCCGAUUUUUAUGCUAAUGCUGGCAGUAAUCUGGUACUUCCGCAUCAACUACCGCCAGUUAUUCACAGUACCUGCCACCAUUUCCUUGGUUGGAGUGACUGUAUUUUUUAGUUUUCUUGUUUUUGGAAUGUAUGGACGGUGAGCAACUAUGGGGGAAGAAAAGUUUCAGCUACUUUUUCAACCAAAAUGCGUUUUAUCUGAUAUGCUCACUGGUUAAUAACCUACAGCACCAAGAAAUGCUCUUACCCAGAAUUCUACACAGAUUGAAAAAAGGCUCUACAUUUGAAAAAAUAAAACAAAAUCUUACUUAUUUAUACAUUUUCUGUGGCUAUGUCUGGAUAUUUUUGAAACCAUUAGUAAAAGAUAUGACACAUGAAGAAGAGUAAGAGAUCAGCAGUUCCUCUAUUUUCCAUUAUUUGGUUUCCACUUAAAACAUAAUUCUCUUCCAUUAUCUAUGUCAUCUAAGAACAAUUUGGCUGAUCACACCAGUUUUCUUCAUAAUUACGAUUAGAAAGUUAUUGAUGAUUGGCCUGAAAUCCAAUUCCUGUCUUAUAUCCCUUGGACAUCUUUUGAAUCCCUCAAUAGAGGGCUUUUUUUGCCUAAUUAAUGUAUUGCUUCUUAGACAAACAUGGAAGAAAUGAUCUUGAUUCACAUUUCUUUUAUUAAUUCUACUGUGUCUAACUAUCUAGUGCUAAAUGAUCCAGUGCACUCCAUGAAUGCCAAUGAAUCUAACAGUGGGGUGAAACAAAUGGAAUAUCUGUCUUCUGCAGUUCACAUAGAUUAAUAUCUCAAAAUCAGGUAUUUUCAAAACGUGUUCUGAAGAUAUCUGGCUGUACCUUAACUCGGGACUACAGAUUUAGUCAGUCCCUGCCAGAAAUAUGAAUGCAUGUUGAUGGGUAAGUAAAUUGAGAUUGCAAACUGAAUGCCUAUUUGGUGCACACUGUGCUUGCUUGAGACAAGAUAACAGCUACACUUAGAGCUUCCUAUCAACUGUUUAGGCAGCUUGUUUACCUUUUGUAGGUAAGAUAUAUGAUGACAUGUGCCUGCCCAGUCAAGCAGAAAGUCUGUCUGCUGUCAUCAAUAUUUUUGAAUGUUAUUCAUACGUAGUUAAUCUAGUUAUAGUUUUAAACUCCACUGAUUCUAUUCUCUUUGAAGCAUGAUUACUUCAAAUGAAUUUUCUUGUAGAUAGGAGUUAAUCAAAGUGUUAAAGUCAGGUUACUGACAUGGAAUUCAUUGCAACAUUCCCAGAGUCUGAGCUAAAAUGGACAAUUAUUACUGAGAGUAGGAGUUUCUAUUGGAAAGCAAUGUUAUUUUAAAAAUAGGGUUGUAUAAUAUUAAAUUAGCCCCAAAGUUGUAAGCAAUCUUAUUGGUCAAGAGGAAUAUUAUGUUUUUAGACAUCAUGGUUACAGAGAAGCUCAAGUUAAAUCGCAGACUUAAGCAUCAAAUUACCAGUGCCAAGCAAAAAUAUAUAAAUGCUGCUCAAAGCUACCCUGUAAUGCUUUCAGUUGCUGUAGCUUCUAAAAUCAAGGAAUUAAGAACAGAUUAACAAAAAUGUUUUUCACCUGAGGCUUGCCAGAUCCUUUGAGAGAUGCUUUGGAAUGUAUAAGAAUGUGUACAAAGUUCUUUUUGUUAAGUCAUUAAAGCAGCCACAUUUUUUCUAACUUUUCUGGCUACUUCAGAAUGCAUCUCUGGGCAUGCACACAGAUUUAGUAGCUCUGCAUGUACAUGAAUAGGGACACAACUGGCUGCUUCCAAAGAAGUUGUCUAAAUCAAGAAAAAUGACGUUGUUGGAAAAGAAGUGCUCAUAUAUGUUUCUGUAUGCUAAAAAGUGCUCUUGAGGGAUUUGUACAGCUCUAAUUUUAAGUACAUUUUUGCUUGAUAUGUUGUCUGAAAUGUGUACUUCUUGUAAAAAAAAAAAAAAGAUGUAUAAAUAUUCCUGGUAGUUGUUUUUUCUGUGCAGAUAUUCUGAAUUUAAGGCUAAAGGAAAAAUAAAAACAAACCUGUAAAUAACUAAAUGAUCUGAAUAAUUAGAUGGGGCCAUGUUGCUAAUGCUUAUUCAUAGGCAUCUAAAUAAGAUAUUUCUAAAUGACUUGUUUGGAUAUACUUGCUAGUCUGUUAUAGAAAAUAAAGACUAUCAUAGUAAA